GUUUGACACCAAACAAAUGUCAGUUUUCGCAUACAGGGCUGUAAAGGAUAGAGCGGAUAAAUCUCCUGCAUCCAAACCACAGGACUCUAACAUAGCAGCAGAACCUGAUGACCUCACAAAGGCAACAUGUUAUUCAUUCUUUAUAGAAUAUGACGGUGAAAUACAGGGACAUUGGUCCUAUUUGUAAAAAGUAGUAGCAGGUUCUCUUUUUAACGUGAACAUUUUAGUAACAAGUACCUCAGCAAUGGAAACAAGACAACGAACAGACUCAUUGGAAUUUCCUCCGGAUUUGAGCCUCGUCCUUGUUGGAUCACAGAGGUGUGGAGUUAACUCUGUUGCAAACGGAAUCUUAGGAGGAACAGCCUUUGAAUGGGAUAAAAGAACUGCUCAGAGUGAGACACAUUCAGCAAAGGUGAACGGUAAGGUGAUCCAGCUGGUCAAAGCUCCCGUGUGGCUGAGGAGUUACCAUCUGUGUGAUACAGCAGAACUUGUCAAAGAUGAACUGGUGCUCAGUGUGACUCAUUGUGAACCAGGACCACAUGCUUUUAUUCUGCUGGUUGAGGUGGACUUACCGUUCACAAGUGCAUGUGCUAAUGCAGUAAAGGCCCACUUAGAGCUUUAUGGGGAAAAUGUGUGGAACCACACUAUUGUGUUGUUUACCUGCGGAGACUGGUUGGACAACACCACUAUUGAAGAAUACAUCACUGGGGAAGGAAAAGACCUGGAUGAACUCCUUGACAGAUGUGGACAAAGGUACGUGUUUGAUAGCAUGAGCACCCGUGCGACUCUGAGUCAAACUGUUCUGGACCAGGUUGAGACUCUGGUGGAGAGAAAUGGAGGAAGACAUUUUGAAACUGAUGAGAAUGUGAUCCAGGAUAUUCUCAAAAAGAGGGAAGAAGUGGACAAGAGAGCAGAAAACAGAAAACAAAGAAGAAUCAAACACAAGGAAACAUGGGAGAACACGGCAGGAUCACCCAUAUCUGAGGUAACCAUCGUCAUGCUCGGUUGGGUUUUUGGUUCAAAAUCUGAAAUUAGUAGUGUCAUUUUGGGCAUACCUGAAAAAGAGAAAAGAACAGAAACAUGUGUCAAAGAAACAAAAGUCAUGAAAAAUGGACUGAAGGUGACUGUUGUAGAUACCCCUGGAUGGUGGAAAUACUUCUCUGCCAGUUUGGUGCCAAAUUCUGUCAGAUCUGAGAUCAUGAAGGCAUUAGAUGAGGAUGAGGAAACAGGCCACACAUCUGCCAAAGAAAAAUCCCACGACAAGGUUUCCUCUGGCCGUGCUUUCCUCCUGAUGAUACCAGCUGACACUUCAUUUACCAACGAACAAAAGAAGAUCAUAGAAGACAACAUGAAACCUUUUGGUGAGACAAUCUGGCAGAACACCAUAGUGGUCUUCAAUAGAGCUCAUUGUCUAGGGGAGUUUGAAAUUGAGCAGCACAUUGAAAGUGAAGGGGAGGCUCUCAUUUGGCUGGUGGAGCAGUGUGGGAACAGAUACUUUACCUUCACUGAUGAAGUAAAACACCAGAGUGAACUUGAAGAUCAGGGACAGAAGCUGGUAGACAUGGUUGUGGACAUGGUGUCAAAAGAUCAGAGCCUUCAGAUACCUUCAAAUAAAGACAAAGAACAAAUGGCAGAAACUGGACACCGUACAGAGGAGGGAAGUCCUGAGGAACCAGUCGACCAUGAUCUUAAGAAGUUGGUAGAGGUCCUACACAGUGAGUGGGAGUGGAGACCAUGGGAAAUGACAGAGUUUCGUGCAAGAUUUGCUCAAAGACUAAGAACCAAAUACCGAAAAUGUGAUGUAAACAUUGGCAAAUUUCCAAAGUCGAGCCAUACGAGAGAAGAGAUAGAAAAGAUACUAAGAGAUGAACUGCGUGGAAGAAGUCUGGAAGAGGUGUUGGAGACUGCACUGCAUAUAUACUUCCAAAGAGAAUGUGGAGCAUUUGAUAUCUUAUCGAUAAUGUUUGAAAAAGACCAGUUCAAGUCUGAGUGGAAGCAGCUGUUUGAGAGGGAGUGGGCCAGGAGGGAAGUACGAAUGAUGAAGUACGUCCUCGCAAAAUAUUUGGCUGACAGUAAAGAAGAUGCUGAUGCAGGUGAAGCUCACAUGAGGAGCUGUGAAGACGCUUCUGUUCAGAUGGUUAAAUCGACACUUUUGAAAAGUUCUUCUUGGAUUGAUCAACUGCCUCCUUUGAUCAAGGAAAUAAUCAAAGGAAUCUUAAAGAGAAGAUGUGGAGUUAGAUCUGUUGCAAAUGGAAUCUUAGGAGGAACAGAAUUUGAAUGGGGGAAAAGAACUGUUCAGAGUGAGACACAUUCAGCGCAGGUGAACGGUAAGGUGAUCCAGCUGGUCAAAGCUCCUGCAUGGCUGAGGAGUUACCAUCUGUGUGAUACAGCAGAACUGGUCAAAGAUGAACAGGUGCUCAGUGUGACCCGCUGUGAACCAGGACCACAUGCUUUUAUUCUGCUGGUUGAGGUGGACUUACCGUUCACAAAAAUCACUGGGGAAGGAAAAGACCUGGAUGAACUCCUCGACAGAUGUGGGCAAAGGUACGUGUUUGAUAGCACGAGGACUCGUCCAACUCUGAGUCAAACUCUUCUGCACCAGGUUGAGACUCUGGUGAAGAGAAAUGGAGGAAGACACUUUGAAACUGAUGAGAAUGUGAUCCAGAAUAUUUUCAAAAAGAGGCAAGAAGUGGACAAGAGAGCAGAAAACAGAAAACAAAGAAGAAUCAAACACAAGAAAACAUGGGAGAACACGGCAGGAUCACCCAUGUCUGAGGUAACCAUCGUCAUGCUCGGUUGGGUUUUUACUUCAAAAUCUGAAGUCAGUCGUGUCAUUUUGGGCAUACCUGAAAAAGAGGGAAGAACAGAAACAUGUGACAAAGACACAAAAGUCAUGAAAAAUGGACUGAAGGUGACUGUUGUAGAUACCCCUGGAUGGUGGAAAUACUUCUCUGCCAGUUUGGUGCCAAAUUCUGUCAGAUCUGAGAUCAUGAAGGCAUUAGAUGAGGAUGAGGAAACAGGCCACACAUCUGCCAAAGAAAAAUCCCACGACAAGGUUUCCUCUGGCCGUGCUUUCCUCUUAAUGAUACCAGCUGACACUUCAUUUACCAACGAACAGAAGAAGAUCAUAGAAGACAACAUGAAACCUUUUGGUGAGACAAUCUGGCAGAACACCAUAGUGGUCUUCAAUAGAGCUCAGUGUCUUGGAAACUUUGACAUUGAGCAGCACAUUGAAAGUGAAGGGGAGGCUCUCAUCUGGCUGGUGGAGCAGUGUGGGAACAGAUACUUUACCUUCAUUGAUGAAGUAAAACACCAGAGUGAACUUGAAGAUCAGGGACAGAAGCUGGUAGACAUGGUUGUGGACAUGGUGUCAAAAGAUCAGAGCCUUCAGAUACCUUCAAAUAAGGACAAAGAACAUAUGACAGGAACUGGACACCGUACAGAGGAGGGAAGUCCUGAGGAACCAGUCGACCAUGAUCUUAAGAAGUUGGUAGAGGUCCUCCACAGAGAGUGGGAGUGGGGAUCAUGGGAAAUGACAGAGUUUCGUGCAAGAUUUGCUCAAAGACCAACAACCACACACCUAAAACGUGGCAGAAGUAUUGACAGACCUUUUGAGUUUCCAAAGUCGAGCCAUAUGAGAGAAGAGAUAGAAAAGAUAUUAAGAGAUGAACUGUGUGGAAGAAGUCUGGAAGAGGUGUUGGAGACUGCACUGCAAAUAUACUUCCAAAGAGAAUGUGGAGCAUUUGAUAUCCUGUCGAUAAUGUUUGAGAAAGACCGGUUCAAGUCUGAGUGGAAGCAGCUGCUUGAGAGGGAGUGGGCCAGGAGGGAAACGCGAAUGAUCGAAUAUGCCCUCGCAAAAUAUUUCACUGACAGUAAAGAAGAUGCUGAUGCAGGUGAAGCUCACGUGAGGAGCUGUGAAGACACUUCUCUUUGGACGGUGAAAUCGACACCUUUGAAAAGUUCUCCAUGGAUGGAUCAACUGCCUCCUUUGAUCAAGGAAAUAGUCAAAGGAAUCUUAAAGAGGUUAAAAGAAUUAAACAAACCAGUACAUAGCUGAAUAUGAGGUAAUGAGCUAAAAAGAGCUUUGAUGUUGUCAAACAGAUAAUAUUCUUGGAGGAUCCAGGAAGGACAAAAAGUGAGAGAGAAAAGUCUUUUGUUUUUAUUCAUUUAAAGGCCAUUGACUAGUCAUGUAUAUAGUAGCUUAAAAUAAGCAGUGAAUGUACAUUUAUCCUCAUUAAAACAAAAAAGCAUUUGGGCAUUGUUGUCUUACCUCUUUUUCAGAUCAAGGGUUUCCCUAUCAUUGUAACACAAUUAUUUUCAUGAUAAAAUGUGAUUAAUUUCUAGUUCACAACAGCUGUUUCCAUGGACUGAUGUUUGCUCUACUUGUCUACAAUACCUCAGUAUAAUGAUUUGUUUUUGUUUUUUGUUUUUUUUUUGACCCACUUAUAGAACUGAAUUUUCCCCUGAUGUUCAGUAAACCUCGCCUGUAUCUGUAUUUGGAUCUUGAUGUCAGUUCCCUAAAAUGCACAGUGAGCAAAGGAGGAUUAAAGACCGAUGAGGCUAGAUGGAGGCAUUAUAAUCAGAGCUAUGGCUUUUCCAAAGCGAUUUUGGCGAUCAGACCGAUGACAUGUAAAAGCAGCACAACACACUGGUCACAAAAGGUUGUCUUCAUCUAUAUAUCUCCAUUCAGCAGUUGUAUAGAUCUUUAAAUAAUCAAAUUCAUGUAUUUGUCUCUUGCAUCACUUACUGUCAGAUUCUGCUACAUUGUUAAUCGAAUUAAAAGUUAACCAUAAUUUUCCACAAACAUUCAUCUGACAAGGAUCAUAAAAUCCAGACAAAAUAACAGACAGAUGAUGCAACUGUUCCACACUUAGUAUCAAAUCAACAUUUAUUUAAAAUGACAGCUCCAAGGUAAAGGCCUUAACUCCUCCUUUCACAUCUCUGGUGGGAGGGGCUAAGACACAAGCUGAGGAGUCGAAGUGAGAACUGAGGAGUUAAGACAAGUAUUUAGUGACUGUGUGUGUUUCCAGGUUCCCUCCCAGCUCCUCUGGACUCCCCUCCCCUCCAGAUACUUGUCAGAGAUAAACAUCAGCUUCGGUGUUUCAGGUUUGGUGGCAUUCGUUGAUCAGUUUCCUCCUGUUUCAGGUUAGGUUAGAGUAUCAUUUUCUUUCCAUAAGUUCUGUUAGCAGUCACCAUAAAAUUCCUGUUCAUGGUGGUUCUUGGGAGCUGGGGACGAGGGGAGUCUAUUCCAGGGUUUCCCAUGUAACAUUAAAAUAUACGCUGUAAAUAUUGUAAUUAUUAGAGUUUAAAAACAUGUAUAAUGCUGUAGUAAAAAAGACAACAUAUACCUUCCUGGCAAAGACAACAAAAUGGACAAAUUAUGUAACUAGUUGUCCUAAUCUAAAUAUUCUAGUAUAUAGGGAAUAUUUGUUUUGUGUUCUGUAUCUUUGAGCUUCAUGGAGGAAGAGUCAUGUUGGUGCAGUUUGUAGCGGUGUUUUCACAUCCAUCUACUGAGAGUUUCUGUGUUCACAGUGUUUAGGUACAAGCAGGAUUUGUGAUAUAAUAACAAUAAUAAUACAUCACACUCGUGUUGCACUUUUUUCGACACUCAAAAGCACUUCACAAACAAACAGAACAGCAAGAAAAAAAGAGGCUCAAGAAAAUGCAAGUUUGAACAGGUGAUUUUUGAGUGGUGAUUUGAAGUUUGUAUUGAGUCUGAGUUCCUGAUGUUUUGUCAGAGUGAGUUCCAUAGGGUGGGGGCAGCUGCAGUGAAAACUCAGUCCCCCAAGGUCCGGCGAUAUCACUGCUCAGACACUAAAGAGUCUAAACUUUCUUGUCUAUAUCAAGGUUUUUGGAAGAGACGUUAUCAGAAAACUGACAGAUUGUGGAUUUUCUUUUCUGUUGUGUCAUGAAAUCUGUCUCUGCAAAAUAUUUCACAGACAAUAAUGUGACAGGGACAUAACUGUUGCCCCUGUUCACCACCACAGUGGAUCUGAAAUUAAUCAGGCAAGAUCUUAUUGAAGUGUAGACUUUCAGCUUUAAUCCAAGGGAUGCAACAAAAAUACUGAAUUAACUAUUUAAUGAUUACAGCCUUUGUCCCUCCUGUACGUCUCUCCUUCAUUUCAGUUUCCACUGUUCGUUGCAUCCAGAUCAUUAUAAAAUAGCCAUUUUUUACAAUUAUAUUUCAAUAGUUAAAUCAGCCUUAAUUCAUUAUUAAAUGCAGAGUACUUAUAUCAUCUUUACAACAUGUUUGGAUGAAAACGUCUAAGAUUUAUUAGUGAGAGAUAUUCUGAGUUCAGUUUUUACUUUUGCUUUUAAUUUCUCUGCCUGUUAUGGCCUUUCUGAGGUUUGGCUGUGUUGUAAAUAUUUGUAUAACUUUGUAAAAGCAAACACCCUUCAUGUGCUUAGAAUCCGGUCUGCUAUGGUAACACAAAACUUUAUACAUAUAUUGUUAUCGAACAAUAAAUAUAUUAAAUAAACUUUGACUUAACA